AUGCCUGCCGUCAUUGGAAUAGCUUGGACAGUGUAUGGCAUCGUCACUGCAAGCCUCUUCUUUUUCAGCGUUGGAUUCACACGCUACUACCAGCACAAACGAGAAUCAGAACCAUUCGCAACCAUCGUCACCAUUCUGGCGUUGACCUUGGUGCUUGCAACGUUAGCACUUGUGCCAAUCGAUAUCUUCCUUGUAUCGUCGACUGUGGACUCUGAUACGGGCAUGAAGAAGUCUUGGGCUGAUCCUGAUACUAUCUUUUGGAUGACGCUCACCGUGCAGAUCGUUUAUUAUGUGUGCUAUGGCAUGAUUGCAUUGUUCAUCUUUUUCCUUAUCCCAUUUGCUUACUUUUACUACGAGGAAUAUGACGAGGAACAAACACGACAGCAACGAGCAAGCAGUGCACUACGAUAUACGUCAUUCUUCAUUGUUAUCUCGGUCCUAUUGUUCUUGUUUGGAUUAUUCGUCAAGCCAAGUCAUCGACCACCCAAACUUGAUCUAGAUUGGUUGGAAAAGCUAUUGACAGAAAGCAAUGGAGAAAAGUCACUUUCCUUCUUGGUUGCCUGCCUAUUCUUUCUCGGGAUGGUGGUCUUUGUUGUUUACACGGCACCUGGGUUAUCUAUUUUACCAUUCAACUUGAUCAAAGGACGUCGUCGCAUUGAAGCUGAGACCGAAGAUGUGGAUAAUAGCCUGGCAGUGAACCGUGAACGCCAACGAGAGAUUCAAGCUCAUUACGCAGGGACCAACAAGCCGAUCAGUAGCCGUGACCAGCGUGAACUCGACAAUCUGGAUGAUGAAGAAAGGAUUUUGACACGACGUAUGCGAACCAUUCAAGAAGAUCAAGCAAGCAUUUUUCAUCGUAUCCUACGAGCACUAAGGCCAUUCGAGGUGAUAAUUGGAUUGUUAUUGCUCGUAUUGACACUGGUCCUGGUGGCUUCGAUUUUCUUGACCAUUGUGGACAAGAUUACUUAUUCCGUAUGCGGCAACAAGUGUGGAUACAUUAUCAGCCAUCCGGAUCUGUUCAACCCGAUCAACUUUAUUUUGGUGGAGCUUGCAAAGGUGUUUCCGCUUGAUUAUGUUUUCAUGGUGCUUGUGGUCGUGUAUUUCUUUAUGGCGACCAUGUCGGGUAUCAUCACAAUUGGCGUCCGAUUCUUGUGGGUUGCACUGUUCCGUAUUCGCAAAGGUGCAACCAUGCCACAGGGCUUGCUUUUCGCAUCGGUGUUGCUCAUGUUGGCUCUACUUGCGCUCAACUAUUCUCUCACAGCUGUGGUUGCGCCUGGUUAUGCUCAUUUUGGAAGUCAAGUUUAUUGUAAUUAUACGGAAGGAGGUCAGCGGGAUUGCAGCGAACAUACGGAGAAAAUCGUGCCGUGCGAUAUUUAUGCACCAACUGAAAUUUGCACGCCGACGAUUGCAUCCACUUUGAUUGAUCGGAUCACGGUCAACACGCCGUUCUUUGGUAUCGUCUUUUACUACUCACAGUGGGCGUUUGUGGUGAUCUUUGUACUCGGAUUCAUCGUGGCACUCUUCCGACAACCACGCGACAAUGCUGAUGUCGAUUCAGAAGACGUGGAGCAAGAAGAACAAGGCUUAUUGGAACGCAACGCAAGACAUCAUUAUGGAGGAGCCAACACUAGCACCAACAACACAUGA